AUGAAGAUAGUGUCGUGGGACAAGGCACCACAGAGAUCUCCCAAGGCAUUGGCUCUUCCAGUGCCCAGGACACAGAAUCAAAAGUCCGAGACUCGCAUCCAAGACCUGAACCUCGAGGUCGCCGCCCACAAGAAAACCCUCAAUUGGAGACGCGGUCUCGGUCUCCAAAAAGCAACAAGAAGUGGACGAGGCGAAUCGCAUGUCAAACAACCCGAGGAGGACAGAACAAAGGCUGAAGCCAAGUUGGAUGGAUAUGAGGCCAAGACACAGGCGAUUUGGGAUGGAAUUGAGACUCUGUUGAAUGGUAUUGCGGCUUGUCGUAAGGAGAUUGUCAAGUGGACGAAUAGCAUAGACACGAUUCAGUGCUUGCAGAUUCUGCGGAGUCUAGACUAUGACGCCCUAGAGGCAAUGCCGGAGGAGAGGCAGAACAUGCGGAAUCUUGUCAAUAAAAUUUUGGCGUCUAAAAGAGAGCGUGCAAAUGGUACAGAGGCGAGGUAA